CUACAGCCACAGCUUAUUUCCUCCUACUCCAUAAAAAUAAAGUCACCAUCCAAAGGUUGCAGAACAAAGCCUCUGUAGCGUAUUUCUUCUGGUAGAUACACAAUUCAGUGUUUCUCCCCUCUAAAAGGCAAAGCCCGUGCAGAAAGAUGCACGCUAAAACGGACUCGGAGGUGACGAGCCUGGCGCCCUCCUCGCCGACGCGAUCUCCUCGCCGACCAGUUUACUAUGUGCAGAGCCCGUCUCGUGACUCCCACGAUGGGGAGAAGACAGCGACGUCGUUUCACUCGACGCCGGUGCUCAGUCCCAUGGGGUCACCUCCUCAUUCGCACUCUUCCGUUGGUCGCCACUCGCGGGAGUCCUCUUCCAGUCGGUUCUCCGGCUCAUUGAAGCCCGGAUCCCGCAAGAUCAACCCUAAUGAUGGAUCUCGGGGCGACAGGAAGGGCCAGAAACAAUGGAAGGAAUGCGCUGUGAUCGAAGAAGAAGGCCUGCUCGAAGAAGAAGGGCGUCGAAAGGGACUCCCUCGUCGCUGCUAUAUUCUCGCUUUUUUUCUCGGAUUCUUUGUGCUAUUCUCUUUCUUCUCUUUGAUUCUCUGGGGUGCUAGUAAGCCACAGAAACCCAAAAUCACUAUGAAGAGCAUUACGUUUGAGCAAUUCAAAAUUCAAGCUGGGUCAGAUUUCACAGGCGUUGCCACUGAUAUGAUCACAAUGAACUCGACUGUAAGAAUGAUCUAUCGCAACACUGGCACGUUCUUUGGGGUCCAUGUGACAUCAACUCCGCUAGAUCUAUCCUAUUCUCAAAUCGUUAUAGGCUCGGGAACCAUGAAGAAGUUCUAUCAAUCAAGGAAAGGCCACAGAUCGGUGGCCGUGAACGUAAUGGGAAACAAAAUCCCUUUAUAUGGAAGUGGAGCAGGUCUUAGCAGCUCAACGGGCACUACCGCAUUGCCGGUGCCAUUGAAAUUGAGUUUCGUGGUUAGAUCCAGAGCUUAUGUGUUGGGUAAAUUGGUUAAGCCCAAAUUCUACAAGAGAAUCGAGUGCGAUAUAACCUUCGAUCCCAAGAAACUCAAUGUCCCAAUUUCACUCAAGAAGUCCUGCACCUAUGAUUGACAAAAAUUUCAGUUAAGAUCACAUGAUGGACAUAUUUUCUUUUAUGGCAGUGACAGUAUUAUUCUUAUUUCCUUGGGUUCUUUUGUCGGAGGGAAAAGUGGAGAUGAGAUGAGAAUAGAUAGAAGAUCAUGAGAUACAGCUCGACGGGCAGCUUUUUGAGUUGUUCGGGCAGAGAAAAAGUAUAGAUAGAACGCGGUUGUGGGAGGUUUUUGGCUGCCCAAGUGCCCGGAUAGUGAGAAAGCAUAUCGGAUUCGGGGAUUCUAUUUGUGCCUUGUGUGAGACAUAUCAUCUGCAUUAUCUUUUGUUUAAUUUUAUUUUAUUUUUACUCAUAUUAAUGUACAAGUCAAUAAUCUAUUAUCUAAAUUAUAUUUCAUUCA